UCUCUCCAUAGGGUGUUUAAGAAGACCAGCUCCAAUGGGAAGCUUUCCAUCUACCUGGGGAAACGGGACUUCGUGGACCAUGUGGACAUGGUGGAACCCAUUGAUGGUGUAGUCCUGGUUGAUCCUGAGUACUUGAAAGAUCGAAAGUUGUUUGUCGUGUUGACAUGUGCCUUUCGCUAUGGCCGUGAUGACUUGGAUGUGAUUGGUCUGACAUUCCGCAAAGAUCUGUAUGUACAGGCUCAGCAACUGGUCCCAGUUGAAGCCACCAGCCCCCAGGGGCCCCUCACAGUCCUACAGGAGCGACUACUGCACAAACUAGGGGACAAUGCCUAUCCCUUUACACUACAGAUGGUGACCAACCUGCCCUGUUCAGUGACACUGCAACCAGGUCCUGAAGAUGCAGGAAAGGCCUGUGGGAUUGACUUUGAAGUGAAGAGUUUCUGUGCUGAAAAUCUGGAGGAGAAAAUCUCCAAGAGAGACUAUGUGCGGCUGGUUGUUCGGAAAGUACAGUUUGCACCACCAGAGCCAGGCCCUGGCCCCUCAGCCCAGACCACCCGCCGCUUCCUUCUGUCGGCUCAGCCCCUACAACUCCAGGCCUGGAUGGACAGGGAGGUUCACUACCACGGCGAACCCAUCUCUGUCAAUGUUUCUGUCAACAACUGCACCAACAAGGUCAUCAAAAAAAUCAAGAUUUCAGUUGACCAGAUCACAGAUGUUGUCCUGUAUUCACUAGACAAGUACACCAAGACUGUGUUCAUUCAGGAAUUCACGGAGACUGUAGCUGCCAACUCCAACUUCUCCCAGAGCUUUGCAGUAACCCCACUCCUGGCUGCCAGUUGCCAGAAACGGGGCCUGGCACUGGAUGGCAAAAUCAAGCAUGAAGAUACCAACCUGGCCUCUAGCACGAUUCUUCGAUCUGGAAUGGACAAAGAGCUGCUGGGGAUCCUGGUGUCCUACAAAAUCAGAGUCAACCUGUUGGUGUCCUGUGGGGGCAUCCUAGGAGACCUGACAGCCAGUGAUGUUGGUGUGGAGCUGCCCCUGAUCCUGAUCCAUCCAAAGCCUUCUCAUGAGGCCACUAGCUCUGAGGAUAUAGUCAUCGAGGAAUUUGCGCGGCAGGAGCAAGGCGAGGAAGACAGCCAGAAAGGUGUGGAGGCGGAGGGAGAGGAGAGGAGCUGAUCGCCUUGCUCUGGUGCCCCUUUGUGUGGGAACUCCCACUGUAACGCUCUAAUAAAUCGGCUUGUACAGAUGUGC